AUCUAAGGCAAAAACCUUCUCUAUGUAGGUGAGCGACCAACUGGUGUCAACGACGACAACGUUUUUCGUGUCGGAUCUCCGACCAGUUGAAAUGAGAUGGCGUCUUCACACAAUGUCGAGUUGGAAGCAGCAAAGUUUUUGCACAAGCUCAUUCAAGAUUCUAAAGAUGAGCCUGCAAAAUUGGCUACAAAACUUUACGUGAUAUUGCAACAUAUGAAAUCAAGUGGGAAGGAGCAUUCAAUGCCAUAUCAAGUUAUAUCAAGGGCGAUGGAGACAGUUAUCAAUCAGAAUGGUCUUGAUAUUGAAGCUUUGAAGUCAUCACGUCUUCCUUUGACCAGUGGGACUCAAAUGGGGGAUUCUUCAACAGCUCAAUGUGCAGGAUCUUCUUCACAGGUGGUUGGAGUUGCGAAAGAUCCCAAAAUGGGCUUGACUGAAAAUGAAAUGUCUAAAAUUGACCCAUUUACUUCUAGUAGGCCGCCUGUGGGCCCUAAUACUGCAGGACACGAUUAUUAUCAAGCAUCUGGAACUCAUAGAAGUAGUCAGUCUUUUGAUCACGAAAGUCCAUCUAGUUUGGACACUAGGUCUGCCAACUCACAAUCACAAGAAAGGCAAAAAGAUGGUAAAAAGGCUGCAACUAAGAGGAAGAGGGGUGAUUCAUCAAUUCCAGUGGAAUCACAAAAUGAGAACCCCCAGCAACAUGAUUCCCGGAACCCUGUGGUUAAUGCAAGGAGGGGCAAGAUGAAUAAGGUUGAAUCACCUGGGGGUUUUUCAGUUAAAGGUGGUGAGCUUUCUAACUUUAACAUGAUUCCAAGUGGUGGUCAAAUGGAACAUUUUUCAUCUUUGUCUGGCAACAUGAGUUCAGUACUUAGAGUCAAACAAGAGGGUCAAAAUGUUACUGAAAAGCCAAUGGAUUCAGCUAACAUUAGUAAUUCACUUUCGAGGGCUUCGGCUUCAAAAUUCCCUGAAGAGGUGGAAGUUUCCUCUUCUCAUAACACUUCAGGACAGCAGCAAGGGAGUUCCCUUCCUUCUACAAAUGACAUUCUUGCUUCUAGGGGUGUAUGGAAUAGAGCAGGAUUUCCGUUUGAAAGAUCUCAUGUUCCCAAGUUUUCUUCAAAUGUUGUUCCCAGUAACAUGAUGUCAGAAUCUGCAAUGCAACAUCCAACAGUAUCAUCUCUUGGAGGAAGUGCUUUUGGCAAGGUUCAUGGAGGGUUACCUGUUGGUCCAAGUUCGUUCCCAACAGGAGAAUCGGGCUCCUCAAUGCUUAACCCAGCAGAAGCCCAAUUGUCUAAUAAUCGAGGGGAUGAAACAUCUACUGCGCAUCCUAGUGGAAAGGUUAUGGAGCAUGAUGGAAGUCCAAAUACAUUAACAGAUUCAAAUAGGGUUGUUCAGAGGAUCAUUGCAUGCAACUAA